GCUGUUUACAUUUUUCAAUUGUUUUAUUCUUUUGGUUAACUGCAUUUGAAAAAAUGGAUGUAGACGAAAUUUUAAUAGAAGAGGUACGCAGCCGGAUAAUUUUAUAUGACCUAGGCCAGGCAGACUACAAAAAUUUGAAGAAGAAGGAGUAUGCUUGGAAGGAAGUUGCUGCAAAUGUAAAGAUGAAUGAAGCACAAUGCAGGAAAAGAUGGAAGGGGCUUCGUGACUCCUACAAAAGAUGUAAAAGAAUGCAGCAGAUUGCUUCCGGCAGUAGAGCUGAAACACCAAAAAAGAGGUGGAAAUAUUUUGAGGCCAUGUCAUUUUUAGAUGGCGUCACAAGUUCCAGAAACACUGUUGGAAACACAAACAAUGAGGAUGAAGAAUAUCCAGAUAUUAUUGACGUUGAUUCUGCAGAAAUGUUUUACUUACAAUUUGUUACAAAUCGACAAUACGCCCCUCAGGAUAUUUAAAAGCAAAGCAAUAUUUUAAUCUGUUUUAUUGUAAAACAAUGUAUUAUAAUUUUU